AAUUAACCCAAGAAGAAAUUUUCCUUCAGUUGAAAACCCGGAAAUACGUUUGUAAAGAGAAGCCGCGAGUCUGCAGUCACACACACACGUGUGUGUGUUUGUGUUUGUGUGUGUGUAGAGGGAUUCCUGAGCGGAUCAGCUGGUCAUCAUGAUGUUGGAGAGGAGCAGAGUGAUGGUGGUGGCGGACAUUAUCUUCAGCAGGAAACAGGAAGCAGACACCGAGGAAGAAACGGUUCACUGUCGCUGCUCCAGAGCAUCCGUACUAGACAGAGAGUUGUACUGCUCUGAUAACAGACUGCUUCCCUCUCACAGACCACACACUGAAGUCCAAGAGUCAGAAGAAGAGGAGGAGGAGGUUUUGGAUGAAGAAUCUCAGUUAAUGGCUGAAAUGGGUCUUCCGUUGUGUUUUGUCAGCUCCUCUGCUCAGAGGAAAGAGGAAAGAAGGUCACACAGGACAGCUGUCACUCACCACAGGGAAGAACCAUCAAACGAUGAAGAGGAUGAUGAAGAGUUACAGGUUUACAAUAAAGUUGAUGGAAGUGAGAACGACGAGCGUGAUGCACAGAUCACUGCAGAACACACCCAAGAUGCUGGAUGGACCACCUACUGGGCUGAACAUGGAGAAGCUCUGUUGUGGAGCAGCUGGCUGGAGAAGCACCCAGAGACCACAGAGGUGUCUACAGACCCCCCUGGAACGGUUCCCGCUCCUUGGGAUCACCCCGAUACAAAGCUGAUGUGGGAGAAACAUUCUACAGACACCUACUACUCAUACUGGGAGUCUUACUCCUACUGGGCCUCUCAGGGCUGGACUGCUGACCGGCCUGGCUCUGAGGGGAACACCGGCGGACAAGACCCAUUAGAGGUGACGGAGACUCCUGAAGGUGAGACGGGAGCUGAGGACCGAGAAGCAGGAAACAAAGUUGAUGUUUUGAGUGAGCUGUUGGGACAAAGCUGCUGUGUGGAUUCCCAGCCACACAAAGACUGUGUGAGUGUGUCUGCUGAGGGAAGGCUCGGUGGAUCAGAGGAACCUUCAGACAGUGCCACUGAUCAGCAAACACCUGCUGGAACUUCACAACACGGCACUUCUAACCAAACAGAUUCUCAGCAGGCUGCUCACCUUCCUGCCCAGCAGUGCAGCUCAAAGACCAGAACCUUAGAGCGGGACAGUGAUGACGAUGAUGAAGAUGAUGAUAAACCACCAAAAGGUUGUUUUAAAGUCAAAAGCAGGCAUGAGCUGGAUGUGGAAGAGAGUCCACAGCCUACACCUGGGUCAGUUUGGACUAAACUGGGUCUUAAACACAACCUGCACCCACAGUUUGACUCUGUCCUGAGUUUUAAAGUCCCCAAAGUUUCAAAGCAUCAGAAGAAGAAGUGUUUUAAUAAACACAAGAGGUUCUCAGAGGAUGGUGGAGACGUGACACUGCCUCAGACCAGCUCCUCUCUUUACAAGGUUCAGAGUUUCCUUAAGAUGGUGAAGAGAGGAGCAGAGAGGAGUCAGUUUGAUCAAUGUGAGGGUGGAGGAGGACACAUACCUGAGGACAAACGUCUUACCACAGGAGAAAGACAGAAGAGGAGCAAGGCCAUGAAGAGAGUGAAGACUGAAAACCAAGAGGCUGUGGAUGAAGAAAGUUCUGCUUCUGAAUCCAGUUUAGAUGAAACAACAGGGGAGUGUAGCUCACACACCACUGCCUUCACUACAGGCUCUGUGGAGGAGGAGGAGGUGGGGGCGGAGCAAGACGAGCAUCUGUCUCUACAAACUCCAGAAACAUGUGAAGAGCUGAGUGGAGGUCACAAGAAGAAACCAAAGAAGAAGAAAAGAAGAAAGAAGCAUCCAGUUCCCCCAGAGAUGGCAGCGGAUCCUGAACUAGCUAAAUAUUGGGCUCAGCGCUACAGACUCUUCUCUCGGUUUGAUGAAGGCAUCAGGUUGGACAGAGAGGGGUGGUUCUCUGUGACCCCAGAGAGGAUAGCGGAGCACAUCGCCCUCAGGGUGGACCAGAUCUUCUCCAGCUCUCAGCUGGUAAUAGAUGCCUUCUGUGGUGUGGGAGGGAAUGCCAUCCAGUUUGCCCUCACUGGAAAGAGAGUCCUGGCUGUGGACAUCGAUCCGGUGAAGCUGGACAUGGCUCGGCACAAUGCUGCCGUGUACAACGUGGCUCAUCAAAUGGACUUCCUGCAGGGGGACUUCCUACAGCUGGCACCCAGUCUCCAAGGUGACCUGGUCUUCCUGUCCCCCCCGUGGGGAGGACCGGACUACCUGUCUGCUGAGGUCUUUGACAUCAGGACCAUGAUGGAACCAGAUGGAUUUCAGAUUUUCAGCCAGGCCAAACUGAUUUCAGACAACAUCAUCUACUUCCUGCCUCGCAACGCCGAUGUGGAUCAGGUGGUGUCCCUGGCAGGUCCAGGAGGGAGGGUGGAGGUGGAGCAGAAUUUUCUGAACAACAAGCUGAAGACUGUGACGGCUUACUUUGGGAACCUGAUCCUGUCUGAGAGCUAGAGACAGGCUCAUGUUGUUUUCUCGGAUAUUGAACAAUGAUUCUUUUAUCUGUUUUUAUUCUUCCUACUAGCUAAAUAAAUCUUUUCAUAAGUAAUUUUUAAGUUACUGAGGAAGUUUUAUGUUUUAACAGAAUUAAGACGAGCAGUAAACUGAUGUCCUGAUCACUGAAUGUUUGUAGGUUUUCAGGUCAGAGUUUUUUGUGGACAAGAAAUAAAAGUCAGCUGUAAUGUG